AUGGCUGCCAUUGUUGCGGCUUCAUCAUCUAAUAGUAGUUUAUUCGAUAGUACUCACCAUCGUCGUAACAAUCGUCAAUCAUUCGGUCAGCACAGCCAUCUCAGUCAUCAUCAUCAUUACCAUCACCAUCAUUACUGCAACAGCCACUUCUACCGUCAUCGAUCCACGCGAACCAUCAACCGAGGCGGAGGAGGAGCUCGGGAUGAAGGACUCCAUCAGGAUUGUUGUGGUACAAGUGGCAUCGGUGGCGGCGGUUGCAACAAUCAAAACAAUAACAGUAACGGUAGUAAUACAAACAACAACAAUAAUAAUAGUCACAGCAGAGCAACAGGAGGUGGCAGUGGAAAGCGUUGUACUUUUGCGGCUACCACGACCACUAUUCCGAACAGCAGCAGCGAUGCCGGUAGCAGUCGGUACGUCAGUCGUAAAAACAUAGCGAGAACACCGCCCACCUCUGCCCUCGUGAGUCACGGUCCACGAGAACCGGUACAAUUUGAUGACAAUCCACACAUAACAAUGCACAGCCAAAGCUCAAAUAGUAGUACCUCAACACUGAGGAUUCUCGAGUGAGCGGCAAGUUGGUGUUGAGAAGGGUGAAUUGUAAAGUUUCUUUUUUACGAUUGACUGAUCAAGAGGUAACAGUUGCUUCAGAAAUAUGUCAUAAACUAACCUGAACUUUCCUAAACGGGAGCCAAAUUCAACCCUGAGUAAACAGUUACAGCUUGCUCAAUCAACUACCGAGGAAAGAGAGUUCCAAUGCACCCUCAGAAUAUAUGAAAUACGGGUCCCAACAAACUGUAGACACUAUUAUAGUGACUGAUAGUCCAGCAGUACCACACACACUUACGGGAGUGUAGAACAAACUCAUAGUUUAUUUCCACAUGACAUCGGAACGCGAAAGCGUAAACCACUCGACCAUUUCACAGAAUUUGUGUUUUGCGCCAAACGGAACCACAAAACAACUUGGCACUGAUCCAGCUAUAAACCGACUGGAACAGAAUUUACGACAACAAGUGAGUGAGUGAGUGAUAAACACCCAUGCAUCCUCCAACCAUUUUGGCAUCACCGAAACGCAGA